AUGGCCUCUCUAACCCCAGGCAUUUUGUCCAAACUCCUCCAAAAUGUAGAAAACAAGGACGUCAAAGUCACCGGCGACCACCGCUCCGCCCUUUUACAGGUUAUCGGCAUUUUGCCGUCGCUCGCCGGAGUUGAUGGUGAUCCAUGGAAAAACAGAGGGUUCUUUCUGAGAGUUUCGGACUCGGUUCAUUCGGCGUACGUAUCAGUAUCAGAAGAAGACUUAGACCUGGUACUGAGUGAUAAAAUCCAACUCGGUCAGUUCAUUCACGUGACUCGGCUCGACUCGGGCUCUCCUGUUCCAGUACUUCGUGGUGUAAAGCCGGUCCCGAAUAGGCGGCCAUGCGUCGGAGAUCCGAAGGAUUUGAUUUCCAGCGAUUUGCUGCAAAUAAGGACUCGUGUUGAUUUUUCGAAGGUGAAGCCAAAGUCGAAGAUGAAGAAGGUCGAGGCGAAUCCAAAUCUGAAGCCAAAGGUGAGUGAAGAGUCGAAGUCUCGGAGGCUUUCGUUGGGGAAUGGGAAGGAGGAGGGUUUGGAUUUGAGGAGGUUGAGUUUGGAUUCUGGGAGAAAGGGUUGGGAUCGGGGUCCGGCGACUAAGAAUGGGGUUCGGCCGGUUUCGCGGUCCAAGUUGAAGGAGAGUUUCAGUUCUUGUGACUCUGAUUCUGUUCUUUCCAAUAAGAAGGCUUCUUCUGAGAAGAAUUCAUCACCGGAACAUCCAAGUUGUGGCUUUUCACCCCUCAAAAACAAGAACGUAAUAGUUCCUCAGAAAUUGCUUAUAAAGCCUGUAAAAAAGGAUUUGAAGUCAUCAGUUGAUGCCGCUAUUCCGAGUAAUCUUAUUAAGGUUCCCAUCAAUUCAAGAACUUGGUCUGACCUGAAGAUUUCCUGGGAUUCACUUCCAACUACUAUGAGGGAACUUGGAAAGGAAACUGUAUGCAAUAGAAAUGUUGCGUUUUUUACUGCUGUAAGUGCACUUGAAGAAGCAACUGCUGCAGAGGGUGUCAUUCGAUGCCUGAGCAUGUUUGCAGAGUUUUGUACGUCUUUUCAGCAAGGUUCCGCUGGAACACUAGUUGAACAAUUUUUGGACUUGCAUCAGAGUAUACAGAAAGCAGCAGCUGUUAUUGAUGCAUUGCUCAGCAUCAGGUUUCCUGAAGCUUUUGCCUCGCAGUCUCCACUGCCAGAAACAUUUAGAGAUACAGUGAAUAAAAAUUCCACAUCGUGGCUGCAAGCUGCGGUGCAGUCUGAUCUUUCCAAGUUUUGGUUGUUCGCAAGGGAAGACAAGAGGGAUGUUUCGGAGGGUGACAAAUGUCAUUAUGUUGUCUUAGAAAGUACCCCUAAGAAAAUAGAGUUCGAGAACCAUUCCCCUCAAAACAAGCAAAGUCCUACCAACCGUGGUGCUUCCAAAACAAAUUCAAGUGCAAAGGUGUUACCAUCUAAUUCUAGAUGCCGUCUUCCAACCACAAAAAACUCAAACAUUGAAAGGGAAGAGUGGUCUAAGGGAAAUGGAUUACGGGAGGCAUCCAAUUUGGCAGAGAAACUGCUCUUAGCAUCUCGCUCGUGGUUCUUGAAUUAUUUGGAGGAUUCCUUGAACAAGGGAUUUGGAUUGAGGAAUGGGGAAGGAGGUUCUGAAGUUGCAGGCCUUCUUGGGCAACUUAAAAGGGUUAAUCAGUGGUUGGAUGACUCAUCUGGGAAUGGAAAUGCGGUUAAUGAGAAAAUUAAAGGCUUGAAAAAUAAGUUGUAUGGAUUUCUUCUGGAGCAUGUUGACUCCACCAUUGUUGCACGUAGGUAGUUAGACGAGGUACAGACUGACAGCAUUAGAUGAGAACAUAAUUUAGGACUGAUCCAUAUGAAUUGCAGAUCUAAACUGCAAUACAGUUACAAACCUCUGUUGUUGGAGAGUUUUCGUCGCAAAUGUACCUGAAAUCAUCUAACAUCAUUACCAUUGUUCCAAAUGUGUUUCUAACUUCCAUUAACCAAGAUAGCAGUAAAAUGCCAAUGACUUUAGUUUGUAUCUCUUUUAUCAUGAAAGUGUAUUCUGGACAGGGGAAGGUGG